AUGGGGGCGCCGGCCCCUUUCAUCCUUCGCAUGCUGGAGCCGCUGGUCCUAUCGCAACGCUUCCGCAUCUAUGUACCAGACCUGCCCUACCAGGGGGGCGUGUCGUUGGGGGCGGCUGUGAUUAUUGACCUGGCGGCGGUGGCGCCAGAGGCGAUACGCGGGGCGGUACUGCUGGUGCCUGGAGGGCUGAUCCCAGUCUCUCUGACCUCGUUCCUGCUGCGCAUCGUGCUGCCCUCGCUGCUCUACCUCCUGCUGCCCUGCUCCUUCACCGCCCGCCUGGCGCUGUCGGGGAUGUGUGAUGAGCCGGUGCCGGCGGACUGGGAGCUGAUUCCUCUGACAUGGAAGCAUGUUGUCCGCCGGCCAGAGCUCCCCGGCGGCCACGGCGGCUUCCCUCCCGACGAUCUGGCCCGCCUGGCAGCUCCCACCUUUGUCAUCUGUGCCGAGCGUGACGUAUUCUGGCCGGGCAAAGCGGCUGCCGCCGCCGCCGCAGCAGCCCUGCCAGACUGCCAGACGGCAGUGAUCCCUGACGCACGCCACCUGCCUUCUAGGCGCAAAAUGGAGGAAGCGAAUCGCUGGAUCCUGGACUUCUUCCUCGAGAGGGGUUUAUUGUGA